GGCACACGUUUGUUUAGUUCGUUUCUUGGGUUCCAUUCCAUGAACUCCACAGCGAGACAGACAUAGAUUUAGAGUGCGAACUUCAUCGGACUCAAAUUUUAUUUUAAUUAAUAAUAAUAAUAAUAAUCACAAUCUCUCUCACUCCCACUCUCAGUUCAGAAAUCAAUAAACUACAAGGGUGGCUGAUGUCUUUGCCUCAUAUAUGCUUUCAGGAGUUAGCAAACAUCCACAAUGGCAGAUCUCAAAGAGCGACUACUCCCACCAAAACCUUUGCCUGCCUUUAACGGAAGAGAAGCUACUAAUCGACCAUCUCCCUCUGGAAGGCAACCUAUUCAAGUUGUGGAUCUUACAGGGCUUAAGAAGCGAGGCCAAGGUCUUCGAUCGUGGAUUCGUGUUGACACAUCUGGAAACUCUCAGGUCCUUGAGGUAGACAAGUUUACUAUGAUGCGGCGUUGCGAUCUUCCUGCACGUGAUCUUCGCCUACUUGAUCCCCUGUUUGUCUACCCAUCAACAAUCCUUGGUAGGGAAAAGGCUAUUGUUGUAAAUCUGGAGCAGAUACGGUGUAUUAUUACAGCAGAUGAGGUUCUUCUCUUGAAUUCCCUUGAUAGUUAUGUAUUGCAUUAUGUAAUGGAGCUCCAACGACGGUUGACAACAACUGGGGUAGGCGAGGUCUGGCAAUCAGACAAUUCUGACUCGAACCGAUGGAGAGGCAGUGCGAAUUUUGAAAGUACAUAUAGCAACACUUCUCCUGAUUAUUUACCUUUCGAGUUCAGGGCUCUUGAAGUUGCUCUGGAGUCAGCGUGCACAUUUCUUGACUCCCAGGCAGCAGAGUUAGAAAUCGAAGCUUAUCCGUUGCUGGAUGAAUUGACAUCGAAGAUCAGUACUCUAAAUUUGGAACGUGUUCGUCGGUUGAAAAGCAGACUUGUUGCCCUGACUAGGAGGGUUCAGAAGGUUAGAGACGAAAUAGAGCAGCUUAUGGAUGAUGAUGGUGAUAUGGCUGAAAUGUACCUUACCGAGAAGAAAAGGCGAAUGGAAUUGUCAUUUUAUGGAGAUCAGUCUAUUGGAUAUAGAUCAGUUGAUGGUGCAUCCAUCUCUGCUCCAGUCUCUCCUGUUUCAUCACCACCUGAUUCUCGGAGGCUCGAGAAGAGCUUGAGCAUUGCUAGGAGUCGACACGAGAGCAUGAGGAGUUCUGAAAGUAAUACAGAAAAUAUAGAAGAGCUUGAGAUGUUGUUAGAAGCAUACUUUGUUGUCAUUGACAGCACUCUAAACAAGUUGACAUCGUUAAAAGAAUACAUCGAUGACACAGAAGAUUUCAUCAACAUUCAACUGGAUAAUGUGCGGAAUCAGCUUAUCCAGUUUGAGCUUUUACUGACAACUGCAACAUUUGUGGUUGCCAUAUUUGGAGUGGUGGCAGGAGUAUUUGGAAUGAACUUUGAAAUUCCAUUAUUUAAUGUACCAUCUGCAUUCCAGUGGGUUCUUAUAAUAACAGGAGUUUGUGGAGUGUGUAUAUUUUCUGCAUUUGUGUGGUUCUUCAAGUACAGAAGACUCAUGCCCCUAUAAGAAGCUACACUACCAUGAACAUGAUUCAACAAUUGCACGAUGGCAUAUUGAUGUUUUGCGUUUGUUAUGCAAUCAUAAAAUUCAAAUGCAAAGCAGGCUCAUAUCAAAGAGCAAUUUUUUUUAAAUUCAAAUUUUGUAUCAGUUUUUGGCAUGAUAUUGUGAUUCCUCAAAUGACUGUAUAGAGAGGCUAAAUUAAUAAUUGAUUGGUCAAAGCAUCUUCUUAGUUCCUAUA